AUAUAAGGCCUGGUUGGAAAUCUGAUUCUUAAUUUCUGCUUUUUGGCCAGGGGUUGACUGUAACUCCUUCCCACAGUCUAGCAAUGCCUGUGGAUUUCAGUGGAACCUGGAACCUUGUCAGUAAUGACAACUUCGAAGGCUACAUGACAGCUUUAGGUAUUGACUUUGCAACACGCAAGAUAGCAAAAAUGCUGAAGCCUCAGAAAGUGAUUAAACAGGAUGGAGAUUUAUUUUCCAUCCAUACCACAAGCACAUUCAGAGACUAUAUGCUCCAAUUUAAAAUUGGUGAAGAGUUUGAAGAAGACAACAAAGGCCUGGAUAACAGAAAAUGCAAGAGCCUGGUUACCUGGGACAAUGACAAACUUAUCUGUGUCCAGGCUGGGGAGAAGAAGAACAGGGGCUGGACUCACUGGCUCGAAGGAGAUGACCUCCAUUUGGAGCUUCGUUGUGAGAAUCAAGUAUGUAAGCAAGUAUUCAAGAAAGCUUAAAUAUCAGCAUUGGUUCCAACAUGGAAACAUGACAGCCAUGCAUUCUUGUGUCCAGUGAUAAAUGGAAAUACCAAACUUGAUUUCUUUCUACAUAAGCAAUCUGAUGUUUCUGCCUCAGGAAAUACUAUUGGUUGUUAGCAGUGUUAAAGAUCUGAUUUUUGCUAAUAAACACCACAGAACAUCUUAA